GAACGCAGGCUGGAAUUUUCCUCUUCCUAAAAUGCGGAAGGUGUGAGUAGAAGUCAAGAUCAGAGAGGAACACAGACAGAGCGUUACUAAGGCGUAUUCUUUCUCUCUCUUUUUGGAAAGGCAUUGACUUUCACUUUACACAGGACUUCUACUAUGAUCUAUGAAAUAUUAUUAAACUAACAUGGAUUGCUUAUAGUGAGCAUAGGCGCCUCACUCUAAAGUUACGCUUCUUGUAACUAUUUGCGGAAAAAGGAUCAUAUUCAUAUAGACUCGUUUUGUAGGCUACAGUAUAGGCUUUGCGCCAAGAUGUGGUGGACUCCUUUGAUUGGAAACUUUGCUAUUCAGGUGGCUGCUGCAGGAACACCAGUCCUGUUCCAGUUCCCCUUUCUGGGCCCUUCUCCCAUGCAGGAGACCCACAUGGGCUAAGAAGGUCUGGGUCGGGAACCACAAGAACAGCCUGACCAGUCAUUUCCUGCUACUCACAGGUCCGGAGACUGCAGCGAGCCAAGAUGCACGGCUGCCGGAAGAAAACUAGGGUGCUGUGUGUGAUGAUGAUGCUCAACAUCUUCGUCUUCAUCCUCGUGGGCGUGUCUCGGAACCUGGGCCAGGACAAGGGGGACCAGCAGAAGCUGCGCAUUCCCUCCAAGAGGUUCUGGAGGAAGCAGAUGACCAGCGAGAUCUUUUGGAAUAAGGAGCAGCAGAGGCUGGACUACAUCUACAACCCCAUCCUCAUGUCGGGUUUGACCAAUGACUCCCUCCUGGAGUUACCUGAUUGGCUCAACGACACCAGGUCCCCGGACCCCUGCCAACCGGACUUCAGCGUCACCACCCAGGUGAAGGACUACAACUCCCUGCCACCCCGCUUCCAGGACUUCCUGCUGCACAUGCGCUGCCGCUCGUAUCCGAUGAUCAUGGACCAGCCACGCGUGUGCGAGAGCAAACCCUACCUCCUGUUGGCUGUCAAGUCACUGGCACCUCACUUUGACCGGCGGCAGGCCAUCCGGGAGUCGUGGGGGCGGGUGGGGGUUCUGGCCAAUCGGACUGUAGCCACGGUCUUCCUCCUUGGCAAUGCCUUGCCAGUCGACCACUUCCCCAACCUGUUUGGGAUGCUCAGUCAUGAGGCCAGACUUUACGGGGACCUCCUCCAGUGGGAUUACCGAGACUCCUUCUUCAACCUCACCCUCAAAGAGGUGCUAUUCCUGGACUGGUUCAGCCAGCGUUGCUCCGACGCUCGCUUUGUCUUCAAGGGGGAUGACGACGUCUUCGUCAACACCUGGAGGAUCUUAGACUUCCUCCACAAUCUUCCAGAGAUCAGGGCCAGGGAUCUGUUCAUAGGGGACGUAAUCACCAACGCCGGCCCGCACCGGGACAAGAAGCUCAAGUACUUCAUCCCAGAGAGUGUAUUUAUAGGGCCAUACCCGCCUUACGCUGGGGGAGGAGGGUUCCUGUACUCUGGGGAACUGGCACUGCAGUUGCACAACAUCUCCCAGCAGGUGGCGCUGUAUCCUAUUGAUGAUGUCUACACAGGGAUGUGUCUCCAGAAGCUGGGCUUGGUCCCGGAGAAGCACAAGGGCUUCAGGACGUUUGACAUUGACGAGAAAUACAGGGGCAACCCGUGCGCGUAUAAGAGCUUAAUGCUCGUACACAGCAGGACACCGCAAGAGAUGAUCAAAAUCUGGGCCUGGCUCAGCGAUCCGGAAUUGAACUGUCAGUGAGACAUCUACAUCAUCCCAUAUUACACCCUAUUCCCUACACAGGGAACUAUUUUUGACCAGAGACCUAUGCACCCUGGUCACAAGUAGUGUACUAUAUAGGGAAUAGGGGUGCCAUUUGGCAUGUAUCCAAUGGGUCUUUGAGAAAUGUGUUUGAUGUGUUCUAAGUGCUUUCAUUGGUUUUUGUGGAAUUCGUGAAAUCCUCGAGGUUCGGUAGCAAUGUUGCCUUCACGUGCUAGUCUGACUUGCUAACUAGUUGUAGUUAUACACGUGCCGCGUUCAACCAGUUAACAAGUUGAACAUUUUUGAGUUUCCUGAUUCCGACAAGCACGUCACAAGUCAGUGUGUUCCAGCUUCAAUAGAAUCAGCGGAUAUAUCCCAGGCAGUUCAAAGUAUUAUUUACAUGAACAACCAUUCAUGUACACUUUCCAAGACAGCGUUCGGCAAAUGUAGUAUCAUUAAUAUAAAUGUACUACUACUGUAUGUACUAUACAGGCACUAUUGCAUGCGAGGUCCUUCAUUUGCAAGAAAUAUAAUUUGUCUCAAUAACAGUCAUGUGAAAAUCACCUACGAUUUGGGGGGGGAAAUCCAUAUCACUUUUAAUAGUAACAAGACAGUUCUCUACUUGUGCAAAAUGGCAAAUGGUGUGUGAAUGUCCUCAACCUGUUUUUCCAGACUGUUACGCCAAUACACAGGGUGGUAUAUUGCUGUAAACUCUCUCAAUGGAUCUUACGUUUCUUUGCACUUGAUUCUAGAAACAAACUAUUUAUGUUAUUUGAAAGUUUGCUGGUUUAUUAUAACUUAAAGCUGGAAUCCGUAGUGGUGAAACUACCAUGUCCGUUUCUGCGAUAUUACAACAACAUAUUUGUUGCUUAAAACAACAAACUCUGUUUUUUCGCCUUCAUAUUGAACAUCAUUGAACAUCAAUACACACGCGAUAGGACAGCAAGGUGUGUCUUAUCCUGGCGUGACGUUCCAUUUUCUGCCCUAUGUUUGUUUUGUUUUUAUGUUUUCAGAAAGUGUCUUAUGUGAUGGAUACCUGGAGUAUUUUAAUUUUUUAUGGACAGUGAAUAAAAAAACGAUUCAAACCUUG